AUGAUUGAAGAAAGUGGUUGCUUUGAUCCCAAUGCAAUGAUGGUACUGGGCACAGGAGUAGCAGGCCCAUCAGAAGACUGCUUCGCCCAAAUCGUUUCAGAGUCAGACCCACCACUUCAGGCAGUUAUGACUGGCACUGGCACUGGCACUGGCACAGAGAUCCAAAACAGCUUUGCAGAGAAUGUGGGUAUUUCUGCGGAAAACUUAUCAUACCCAUAUUCCUGUGGAGAAGAUGUUAUAAUUGCUACCGGUACCCUAACAAAUAGAGUUGAUGCUACCGCUGGCACCCGAAUGGAUGCACAUCCACAACAAAUGGGUUUUCACAUGGAAAAUCCAUACCAUCAUAGCAAUAACUUCAACAGUACCCAUUUAGUGGAAGAGGUCAAUAACAAUCAUGUUUCAAGUCAGGACCUUUCCUUUGACCAGUCCAACUGGGACAAAUAUCAAAGGGUUUCCAACAGUCACCAUCACCAAAAUCACCAUCAUCAUCAUCAGCAAUUAUCUUAUCCCGCAUCAACACCAGAUCUCCUUAACCUUCUCCACUUACCCAGAAGCCCAGCUUCUCCAUUUGGGAACUCCUCUAUCUCUUUUGAAAACCCAACCCACAACACCACCAAUCUUUCAAAACCCACCUCUGGCCAUGCCACCUGGGUUGGUAACUGUCCUAUGGGGCCUGACAGUACAAACGGGUCAUCUGUUUCCUAUGACCCUUUCUUGCAUUUGAACCUGCAAGUACCUCCGCCAGCUGUAAACAGAAAGUUGUUUCAGCCUCUACCCCAUGGCUACACCAUGACAGCUUCAAGAAAUGAUUUUGUCUUUAGCGGAGGGGAUGACAUACAAGGUAGUGGGGUUGCCUAUCAAGAUGGAGAUGGGAGAGAUUUUGAUAAUGGAGUGCUAGAGUUAACCAAGGAUGUGGCUUAUGUAGGUAAAAAGAGAGGAGGGAAAAGGACCAAGCAUUUCACCAGUACAACUGAGAAACAAAGGAGAGUGGAUUUGAGUAGCAAAUUUGAUGCCUUGAAAGAACUCAUCCCAAACCCUUCCAAGAGUGAUAGAGCAUCUGUGGUGGGAGAUGCUAUCGACUAUAUUCGAGAGCUUCUAAGGACAGUGAACGAGCUCAAAUUAUUGGUUGAGAAGAAAAGGCACGAGAAAAAAAGGAUCAAGGGGCACAAGCUUGAAGAAGGAGCCACUCAAGGUGACUUGGAGGGCUGCAACUUGAAGCUGGUUGCAAUUGGCGACCCAGAUGACCGCUCCUUAAAUGAAAGCUUAAGAAGUUCUUGGAUCCAAAGGAGAUCCAAAGACACUGAAGUUGAUGUACACAUUAUUGACAAUGAGGUAACAAUAAAGCUUGUUCAAAGGAAGAAAAUCAAUUGCUUGGUGUAUGCUUCACAGGUUCUGGAGGAAUUUAAGCUGGAUCUCCAGCAUGUUGCCGGUGGCCACAUUGGCGAUUUCUGCAGCUUUAUGUUCAAUGGCAAGAUAUGUGAAGGUUCCUCAGUUUAUGCGAGUGCCAUAGCCAACAAGCUCAUUGAGAUCAUCGACAGAAGUUUGACAGCAGCGUGA